UUGCAGGUCCUAGACCUGUGAAAUGGUAGCACCCAGGAGCUACUGGCUGGCCCCUGUGGGCCCACUUGGGUUUUUUUUUUGGGGGGGGAUCCUGCCCACCAGUUGAAGCUGACUUCAAAAGCUGCCCUCUGCCAGCACCCCCAUGUUAUUUCCAAGAACAUGCCUAACCUUUUCUUCUUUCAUGUUCCUAUAGGUCUCACCCAGAGGCAGAACCAAAGUCAUCCCAGAAAUCUGGCCCAUAUUGCCCCAUGUCCUGGGGGACCCAUGUUGCAACAUUUUCUGGGGGACCCUCUGAGGGAAGAACCCAAUGAGGCAACCUUGGUGCCAGGACCCCUUCCAGGACUUCAUGUCCCCACUGACAUUCUGGGGAAAGAGCUCUAUGAGGAAACCUCAAUGCUAGGAUCCCUUCCAGAACCUCGCGUCCUCACAGAUAUUCUGGAGGAAGAGCUCAAUGAGGAAACGUCGGUGCCAGGAUCCCUUCCAGAACCUCACGUCCCCACUGAUAUUCUGGAGCAAGAGUUCAAUGAGGAAAUGUCGGUGCCAAGAUCCCUUCUAGGACCUUGCAUCAUCAAUGACAUUCUGGGGGAAGAGCCCAAUGAGGCAACCUUGGUGCCAGGAUCCCUUCCAAUACUUUGUGUCCCUACUGACAUUCUGGGGAAAGAGGCCAAUGAGGAAACCUCAAAGCCAGGACCUCUUCCAGGACCUCACAUCACCAAUGGUAUUCUGGGAGAAGAGCUCAACGAGGCAACCUCAGUGCCAGGAUCCCUUUCAGGACCUCUCAUUUCCACUGAUAUUCUGGAGGAAACGCUCAAAGAGGAAACCUCGAUGCCAGGAUCCUUUCUAGGACCUCACAUCACCAAUGACAUUCUGGGGGAAGAGGUCAAUGAGGAAACCUCAGUGCCAGGUCCUUCCAUCCUCACAGACACUCCAAAGGAAGAAGGUUUUGUGUCAGAGCCCUUACCAGAGCCUUCCAUUGCUGACAAUUACCUUGAGCAAGUAGAAAUCCUCAAAGGAUUACAGAAUGACUAUGUCCAGCGGCAAAUGAGGCUUCGCCGCAUUUCCCAGCAGUUCCCUCGUUCUCUCCGGGCCAUCAACCUGCAAAUUGUACACACACGGACAAGGCUCAUCCGCAGUGAAGUUCGGCUGCAGCGGUGGGGAAAGGAAGGUGACCAAGCUCUGAUGCCUGUAAUUCAGACAGCUUCUCAUGAUGAUCCUGCAGGCCCUGCUGCAUGUCUCCGCCCCCCUGGGUCCAGUUCAUCAUCUUCUGCCUCACUGGAAGUUGGCUCCAUCCCACCCUCCGCCUCCACCUCUUCUUUCCUCCUGCAUCCCUCUCCCCCUCCUCCUCCUUCCCCACCUCCUCUAGAGCCGGACCUCAGCAAUGUAAAAGAAACUUUGCAGAGUUUGAUGGAUUUGCAGUUCCAUCAGCUGAAUGACUGCCAAAGAGACCUCCGCAGCUGCCAGGAAUGUUUGCAAAACCUCAAGGCAUUGAGGGGACAGCUCCGGAGACUGCGGAGCAGACUGGCAAGGGUGGAAGCCACUAUGGGGAUCCUGGUUCCUCCAAGGGAGCUGGAUGUUGAUGAGGAAAAAGAGGAAGACAAAAACCAGACAAUGCUUCAUACAUAGGUGGCAAUAAAAUGCUGCAUAUUUAUUUUAAAAAUAUUAAACAUUUGUUUUAAUAGGGUAGGAUGUAGAGAUAAAACAGCAAUAGAACAUGCAUAUUUACUGCUUAAAAAUUAAAAAGUUGA